GCUGUGACAUCCAGAAUCAUGACCCGUGGACCUCAUCUGGGACUUUUAUUCCUGCUGUUCUGUUCCCUCUGUGGCUCUGAGCAGACCUGCCCACCUUUGUGCCUCUGUUUACCUGACACAAUAAGCUGUAGCUCCAGGGGUCUGGCUAAGCUGCCACGCUCGCUGCCCUCCCUCCCCAUCACCUUCGACCUCAGCCACAACCACCUCUCCUGGUUGGGUCCGCGCAGCUUCAGCGAGAUGCCCAGACUAGAAAACCUCUGGAUGGGCCACAAUCAAAUCCAUACCCUGGAAUAUGACGUCUUUCUCAACGUCUCUAGGCUCAGGCUGCUGGAUCUGUCGUCCAACGAGCUCCGUGUGGUGGGGCAGCGCUCCUUCCAGGGGCUGUGGAGGCUGGAGGAGCUCCGUCUCUUCAACAAUCGGAUCGCCCAAGUGGAGGCCGGAGCGCUGAGCGGCUUGAGCAGCUUAGAAAGGGUCUACUUCAGCCUGAACCGGAUCACUCACUUCCCAUUCUUCUCCAUCCAAGAUCACAGCCAUCCGUUCCUGGCCGUGCUGGACCUCUCGUCCAACCGACUGUCACGUCUUCCAUGGCAGGAGGUGAAAGCGUUGCCCCAGCUGGUGCAGCAGGGUCUGUAUCUCCACAACAACUCUCUGAUCUGUGACUGCUCCAUGUAUGCCGUGUUCUGGCACUGGAGUUUGAGGAAUUACAGCUCAGUUAAGGAUUUCCUUGAUGAGCACACCUGCAAUAUUAAUGGGGACCCAAGAGCGUCCAUCCGUUUCCUCCGUCCCAACUGUUCCCUUCUCAACUGCACCUUGGACAGAGCAGUCAUGCGGCCUGUGAUGGCACUCCUCUCCACCGUGGUUGUUUCAGAAGGAGACACAGUGAGUCUAGACUGCCAAACCUCCCUGAGUAGCACAGACAUCUCAUUUACGUGGCUCUCCCUAAGAAAGGGAUUCAUCACUCAGAGCAGCAUGAACGACACACCAUUUAGCACCUUCUCAAACGGGACCUUGGAGAUCCGUGCAGCCACGGUCAGUGACUCAGGUCUGUAUCGGUGCACAGCUGUGGAUGUUAGAAAGGCGCUGAAUGCAACUCGUGAGGUGAACGUGACCGUGCUGUCACCUGCAGCGCAACCAUUCGACUCCAGUUACACAACACUGCUGGCCUGCGUUGUGACUUUACUUCUCAUCCUCUUGUACAUUUUCCUGACUCCGUGUCGCUGCAGAUGUCCUGCAGCAGCCUACAUCCCCAGGAUCAUAUCUGUUUCCUUGUCCUCUGACAGAGAUCAACCUAAAGCUGAAACUUAA